CUCAUCAUUGAAGCCCAAAUUCUUUCUCAAUGGCAAAAUAUCCACACCUUUCCUCAAAUACUGUCAUUGGAAAUCUCUGUGAGAUUCGACUAAUUUCUAAAAUGGGGCAAUUAAUGAAGAUGUUUUGUUCCACCGCUGUUUUCCUGCUGAACAUUAAGUUAGCUGAUGUGUUAUUUCCUGUUUCCUCCCACCCGCGGGGUUGUGAGUGCACAGUUAAAGAGGCUGGGCGUUACUCAGCUCCCUGUCACUGCCUCCCAAGGUCCAGGGUGUUGGUUCCACACACUGACUUCCCACUGCGAGCUUCGUGUGGAGACUUGGACAUGGCACGGUGGGGAGUGUUCUCUCUGAUUGUCCUCGCCCAGGUUGUUCUGGUGCUGCCACAGGCUCCUUUAAGUGUGAAAGACAUGACCUACGAUGACUGCCGGGUCUGGGGUAUUUUCCACAUCAGCCUGAACAACGGCUACAAUCUGAACCUGUCGCAAGCAUACGACGCCUGUAGUCUCUUUGAUGCGGAGCUGGCGACAAAGGCACAGAUGGAGCGCGCACACAAGGAAGGAUUUGAAAAGUGCAAGUACGGUUGGGUCGAAGACGGUUUUGUUGUCAUUCCGAGAGUCACUCCAAAGUAUUUGUGCGGAAAGAACAAUACAGGAGUGGUGGUCUGGAAAGCAAGCAAGGACAUGGAGUAUGAUGCCUUUUGCUUCCUUCAGAACGAUUCCCAGAAGAGGAAUGCCUGUGAGCCAUUAAUUUGGCCCACGACCUCCAUGACAGAAAUUACGUCCAUGGACCUGCGUCCCAUUACCCCGAGUAUCAUCCCUGCAUUCAGCUCUGACGUCUCAAAGCCAAGCUCAAAAACAACAACUUGGAAAGCAAGGUUCUUUUCACCCACCUCGAUCGAGAUGGAUGUCUCCUCAUCACAGCCAACACAGGUUUACGACAAACCUGAGACAGAGAGGGCCAAAAUAAAGUUCGGCAAAUGGAUCCUCUACUGGGUGCUGGGACUGGUGCUCCUCAUUGUGUUCGUGGUCUUUGUGAUUGCUUUGGUUAUCCUUCUCAGGAGACGCAAGAGCUAUUCAUACUCAGCCACCCUGCAGCCGAAAGAAACUGAAAUGUGGAACCACGGUCUGAUGGCGAACAACUCCUAGUGAGGUGCACAGAGCAGGAACCAAGGCCGAGAUCACAACUUCACCUCAGGCACAAAGUCUUUGACAAGUUAAUACCAGCACAGAGCAAAAUGUGGGCUUAGAGUUGGUGAGCAUGGCUAUAUCUGGAACUGCUCUGUUUCGAGCACAGAGAAGCAGGCCAUUCUGUCCAUCUGCUCUGUCCUAUUCUCGUCCUAUCCUUCAUCAUCAGCAUGCCCUCCUCUCAGAUCACUUGAAUGUUGUGAAUUGUCUAAUUGUGAAUUGUCAGCACACAGUAUCAGACGUGCUUGUUACCUGAAAGGCCCCGUUAAACCGUCCGUUAACACACAACAAGUGUAAGCUUCAGGCCUUUGGCAGAAUAGGAAGGAGUCAGUAUAUAAGGUCGCGUCAUUGAUUAAUCGAUUGAAAGAUACAGCUCGGAAACUAGCCCUUAAGGCCCACCCAGUCCACCCCGACCAUCGAUCGCCCGUUCACUCCACACAGAUAGCGUCCGAGGCCAGGAUCGAACCUGGGUCUCUGGCGCGAUAAGACAGCAGCUCCACCAGCUUCUCCAUUGUGCCCCUGUAAUUGCAUGAACUGUUCUGCACAAGAUGCUGCUGAGACUGGGUCACCUCCCUGAGCUCUCCUCUCUGCAUUCUGCUAGAGGUAGUGAGUGUGGGGACAGGGGAAUAGGAG